CAGUAGAGCCAAUGGGCUCUCCGGUGAGGAAGGACGAGCCGGGUGGAGGAGAUAAAGAUGGCAGCCGUGGACGUCAAGCCGGGCAGAAUGAGCAUAAAAGACAAGGCAAAGCUGCAAUUAAGGAAAUUUGACAUUGAAGACAGAUUUUCCUGCCUGCCAUUAGCAAAAGCUUCAGUUCUUAUCCCACUGAUGGUCAAAGAUGGAAAGCUAUGUGUUCUUUUCACUCUUAGAUCAAUGAAGUUGAGAAGAUCUCCAGGAGAAGUUUGUUUUCCAGGAGGUAGAAGUGAUCCAACAGACAGAGAUGAAAUCGCUACAGCUCUUCGAGAAGCUGAAGAAGAAGUGGGUCUCCUUCCUGAACAGACUGAAGUCAUCUGUAGACUUAUUCCUGCAAUAGAUAAAACGAAUUCUGUUGUAACUCCAGUUGUAGCCUUUAUAGAAGAUACUUUCCGAGCCCAUCCAAAUCCAGAAGAAGUCAGUCACGUGUUCUCAGUACCAUUGGAAUAUUUUAUACAUCCUGCAAAAUACAGUGUUGUGCCUUUUCAAAUGGGAAAGUUUCCAUAUUUGAUGCAUUUCUUUGAAUACAAUGACCCAGAGCAUCAGAUGUCAUUUACAGUAUGGGGACUCACUGCACAUUUUGCAGUCUUUGUUGCUGUUGCAGUUUAUGGAGAGAAACCAACAUUUGAAGUUGAAUUUGAUCUUGAUAAUUUGAAUUUUUCAGCUGAGCAAAUGUUCAUGUCGCAGUACAAUAUAGUAAAAAGCAAACUUUGACAGGUAAAAUUGUAUUUUUUUCAAAUAUAAUUGGUACUGUUU